AUGCCUACCGUCAAUCAACAACACCCAUCCCCUGUUGGUGGGAGUAAAGAUGACCUCGACAAAUCCACCGACUUGGGCGCCACCAUCGAUGUGCAAGCCGUCGACUUCGAUCCAGAGGCUCCCACCGCACAGAAGCAGACCAAACGUCACCUGAAACCCCGACAUGUCCAGAUGAUGGGCAUCUCUGGCUCUAUCGGUACAGGCCUCUUCAUCGGCGUCGGCACUUCUCUGUCCAAAGCUGGUCCUCUUGGCCUGUUCCUGGCUUACGCCAGCUAUGCUCUUUUGGUCUUCUCUACCUACAACGCCAUGGGUGAGAUGGUCUGCUGGCUCCCCGUCGACGGCAGUAUCGUCGUCUUUGCCCACAAGUACCUGGACGACGCUUGGGGGUUUUCCCUGGGCUGGCUGUACUUUAUCGUCAACGCCUUGGCUGUUGCCAGUGAGGCAUCUGCUGUCGCCGCCAUCAUCAAUUACUGGACGGACGCCGUCAACAAUGCUGUAUAUGUCGCUGUUGUCUGUGCUUCUCUUCUCGGACUGAACAUCUUUGGGGUACAUAUUUUCGGAGAGGGCGAGUUUUAUUUUUCCCUGUUCAAAGUCUUUCUCAUCAUGGGCCUUCUCUUCAUGACCUUCGUCACCAUGGUCGGAGGGAAUCCUGAACAUGAUGCCUAUGGUUUCCGAUACUGGAAAGACCCAGGGCCUUUCGCCGAGUACCUCGUCCCAGGCAGCACCGGCAAAUUUCUUGGUUUCUGGUCCGUUUUCGUACAAGCAGCAUACGCCUACGGGGGCCCUGACUUUGUUGCCUUGGCGGCCGGCGAGACCCGUAACCCCAGACGAGUUCUGCCUUCCGUAUUCAAAAGGGUCAUUUACCGACUCAUGGUGUUCUACCUCUUCGGUGUUCUCGCUGUGGGCGUCCUUUGUCCUUCCGAUGAUCCCGACCUCACCAGUGGCGGAGCUGGUGCCGCCGCCUCCCCAUUCGUCAUUGGCGUAAAGCGCCUCAACAUCCCCUUUUUGCCCGACCUCAUAAACGCCCUCCUCAUGACCUCCGCCUGGUCUUGCGGCCUGGAGUUAUUCUACGGAUCAUCCCGAGCUCUUUACUCUCUGGCUGUUGACCACAAGACCCCAGCUCUCUUCCGCUUCACCUGGCGAGGUGUCCCCACCUUCUGCGUCCUCGCGGUCUCUGCCGUCUCCCUAUUGGCGUUCAUGUCUGCCUCCAAUAGUUCGCUGGAGGUGUUCACCUGGCUCACCAACAUUGUUGGAUCGGGUAUCUUACUGCAGUAUACCAUCUAUCACAUCAUCUACAUCCGCUUCCGCCGAGCGCAGAUGGCCCAAGGCAUCCGCGACAUCGAACGCCCCUGGUACCGCAAGGGCCAGUACUACUUCUCCAUGGCCAGCCUGUUCUGCUACAUAGUCAUUUACUUGACCAACGGCUUUGUAGUCUUCAUCAAAGGCAACUGGUCCAUAUCAAACUUCAUCUUUGCAUAUGCGUCUUUAUUGUUCUUUUUGGUGCCCUGGGUGGGGUACAAGAUUGUGCGGAGGGGGUGGCUGACGCCGUUGGAGGAGGUUGAUCUGUAUGCGGGGAGGACGAAAGAGCAAUUGGACUUCAAUGACGAUGUCGAGAUGAAGCCGGUGACAAAGAGGCAGAAACUCAGCAAAUGGCUUUGGGGAUAGUCCUCUCCUUUCUUGUGUCGUUGUUCGUCUUGUUGUGAACAUUUUGACUUCUUAGUCUGUUUGAUAUACAAAAAUGAUUGCCGGUCGCGAGAAAAAUGCUGUAGAGGUUUUUUUUUUGAAUUGGAAGAUCCUGGGGUAGCAGUAGUGUCGUUGGAAAGAUUGAAAGGAUGUGAUGUGAAAUCUGCUGUGGAAUUCACUAA